AUGACUUCAGCGCUUCUUCAGACUGAAGAAACACAAUAUUGCUUUGAGAAUAUUAAUGGAUCCUGCUAUAAAACAUCGUGGUCUUCUGGAAUCCGCAUAACUUUGUACGUUGUGCUUAGUUUUCUGACAAUUCUUACACUAGGUGGUAACCUAAUGGUAAUGAUUUCAAUUGCUUAUUUCAAACAGCUUCACUCUCCUACAAAUAUUUUGCUUGCCUCCUUGGCAUGUGCUGAUUUUUGUUUGGGUCUGACUGUGCUGCCCUUCAGCAGUAUAAGAUCUGUCGAAACAUGCUGGUAUUUUGGGGAAACAUUCUGUAGAUUCCAUAGUUCUUUAGAAGUAACUUUUUGUUAUUCAUCAAUAUUUCACUUAUGUUUCAUCUCUGUUGAUCGCUACGUUGCUGUUACUGAUCCUUUAAUUUACCCUCUCAAGUUCACAGUGACAGUUUCAGGCAUAUUCAUAGCUGUUGCCUGGACAUUUUCGUUAGUAUUCAGUUUUUCGGUUGUCUUCACUGGGGCUAAUGACAAAGGGAUACAAGAGUUAAUAAAUGCCCUCUCCUGUGUAGGCAGCUGUCAGAUUCUCUUUAACAAAACAUGGGUGGUUGUAACCUCUCUCCUUUAUCUAAUACCUUUUUUUACAACAAUAGUACUUUACAGCAAGAUCUUUGCUGUGGCUAAACGACAAGCUAGAAUGAUAGAGAUGAAGAGCAACAACAGCCAGUCGUCUGAAACUUACAGUGACAGAGUUAGCAGAAGAGAGAGGAAAGCUGCUAAAACCAUUGGUAUUGCUGUGAUUGCUUUUGUGGUAUUUUGGUUACCUUAUUCUAUAACUGUAAUAACUGAUGCUUUUUUUAACUUCAUAACACCACCCCUUCUCUUUGACAUUGUGGUUUGGUUCACUUAUUCCAACUCUGCCGUUAAUCCUUUGAUUUACUCUGUCUUUUAUCCUUGGUUUCGAAAAGCAAUGAAAGUGAUUGUGAGCUGUAAAAUGCUCCGGCUUGAUUGUUCAACGAUGAAUUUAUUUCCAAACUGAAAACCUGUCCGAUUCUGCAUACAGCUGCUCACUUCACAUUUCUCAGGCAUUCCCCUCUUCAUAAAA